AUGUCGAAGUCUCUAGUAGGCAAGCCCAUAGUGCGGAAGCUCUUCUCUUCCUCGCAAGUCGGCGUCGUCAUCUCCGCAGGCCGCAUGUCCAAAGCAGUAAAAGUCCGCAUAGCAGCGCAGGAAUGGAAUAAGAAAUUCAGAAAGCAUUUCCCCUCGGAACAAACCUACCUCGUCGCGGACCCCAACUCCUCGCUUGUUGAAGGCGAUGUCGUCCGCAUCGCCUCCGGCUGGCGCACAUCUAAGAACAUCCGGCACGUUGUGACAUCUAUUGUCGCGCCGUUCGGCGAACCCGUUGAGAACCGCCCGCCCAUUUUGUCUGAAGAAGAGCGCAUGCAGAUGCGCAUGCGAGAGCGGUUACUCAAGGAUGUGAGGAGCGCGGCCAACGGACGGCAGACGAGUUUGCAGAGGCUGGCAGAGGCGAGACGACAGAAGCUGCAGAUUCCCAGUUUGGACGAGGCUAUGGCGAACGUGAGGAUAGCGGAGAAGGAGGGGGCUGGGAAGGAGGGGCGGUCCGAGGCGCAUAAGGGGCAUACGGGGCAGGCUGAGACAAAGAAGGAGCGAAGGGUUGAAGCGGGGAGAGAGACGCCGGCAGAGAAGAAGGCGGAGGCGAAGGUAAAGAAGGCGAGGGUACAGACAGCAUAG